CGGAACCCUUCAACUUUUUUCGAGUAGCCAAAAAAUCACGAGACGCGUUUGUCGUAUACUCAAUCACCUCGCGAUCCGGAGUUCUAUUUGUUUUUUCGCAAAAGACUAUAUUGGGAUAAAAGAGGCAAUUCCAUUCUUAUCCUAGUCCUCGUCUCUAAGAAUCCACUAUCGCAAAUAUCUGUCCAAUCCUAACCUCCUGAGGGGCGAGGGGCUCUCUCACCUUCCAUCAUCAUCGUCAUUCAGCCUGGCUUAUUGCAUACUUUUAGGCGGCAAACAUCACAAUAUCAUCUCGGAAUCGUCUGGAUUACUUACACCGUCGCGCUAGCUGACCGGGACAUUUGACUUAAUAUCCAUCUCAAAAUUGGAGAUAGAUUUAUUUUCUAAUAUAAUAGUACCGGUUGGCCACCGCAUAGAACGCACCUAUGGGGUCUGCAUUGAUGUUAAACGGGCAAGACCCGACUGCUCUUAAAGCAGAAACGGAAAAUCGACUGAAUACUUAUUUCCAAGUUGAUAGCGAAAGGCAGGCUUUCAUUCAUAAUAUGCUCAACAAAAUUGAGGCAGAUGCUAAGAAGAUUAAUGAACUUGAACUCGAUCUAGAUGACCAAAGGAAGUCCCGAGCUGAUUAUCAGUUCAAGGCCCGUAAUCUUGAGAGCGAGGUGCAGAGGAUAGCACUACAACUUAAUAAAGAUUCAUUUGUUGUUGUGCUAAUUGACGGCGACGGGGCUAAAUUUCAGGACCAAUUCUUGCGUGACCCUGAGUCCGGUGCGGAGAGGGCUGCCUUACAGCUCAAGCAUGCUGUUCGAGAGUACCUUAGAGAUUCAGGAGUCUCGCAAGAUGAUAUUCCUAUCCUGGUCAGGGUCUAUGCUAAUCUGAAUGACUUAUCUAAGUCGUUGCGCCUCUCGAGAAUUAUUGAAUAUGAUGAUGAUAUGCGUUUGUUUGCCGAACGCUUCACCAACAGUCGCGCUGACUUUGACUUCGUUAACGUCGGCAAAGGCAAAGAAAACGCCGACUCCAAGAUAAGACGUAUGCUUAAUCACUACUACAGAAAUCUGCAGUGCAAGAAGAUAUUCCUUGCUGGAUGCUGUCACGAUAAUGGUUAUCUACACGAUCUCCGGGACUAUACAGGAGCUAAGGAGGAAAGAUUGGUGCUUGUGGAGACUACGCCUGCAGAGCCAGCUUUUAGGACCCUUGGCUUUCCUAUCAUACGGUUUGACGAUGUUUUCCGGUCAGAGCCGUUAGGAAAUGAGACCAAACAUAGUUUUUCGACCAUGGCUCCUCCUCCAGGGUUUCGUUCUCCUAUUCAGCCUUCUGCUUUACCUGGCCCAAUUGCCCGACCUACGCAGGCUGUACAGAGAUCGACCACGACGACCGUAUCGCCUUCGGCGCAAGAACAAAGGCAAUCAUCUACCCCUGUCCCUAAUACUACUACACCCAUUUCUGUUAGCACACCGUCGUCAGUACAGCGCAAUUCGUCCCCCGAGCAGCAGCCAGGUGCUCCACCACGCGCUUCAAGUGUUAUCAGCUCCGGAAAUGGUGGUACUUCGAUUAGUUAUGCCACUGCUGGCGGAGUCAACGACCAUCAGAAUGUGACUGUUAAAGCGCCCAAGCCUAAGAAACAACCAAAAGUUAUAUAUUAUAACGCAGAUAAUUGGCGUAUCGACCCGCCAACUCAGCAUCCGCCCAGGACCCCUGCGCAAUCGACUUAUCAAGCUAAGUUUCAAUCUAUCAAACCUUCUGUUUUCUGCAACGACCAUUAUCUUAAGGGUCAUUGCAAAUGGGGUAUCAGCUGCGAUAAGACGCACGAUGCUGAAUUAACCGGCCCAGAGCUUGCCAUUCACCGUUACAAAGCUCGAACCAGCCUCUGUCCUGCUGGCCCUUACUGUGUCGACUAUGACUGCUAUCUUUCCCACCAUUGCCCCCGUACCCCGUGCACGAGGAGCGAUAUGUGUCCCUUCUACAAUACCGAGAAGUGGGGAGAUAUGCAUCUAACUAAAGACCAGCUUCAGCCUACGACUAAGUGGACAGAAGGCAAUGAGCUUCCCGAGCAUAUCUAAACCAACCUAUGCGUGUAGCCGAAAACAAAAAGGGAUAGGGUGGGAAUGAGCCCUCACGCACAUGCCGAGGUGGUUUUUUUUUUCUGUUAGACGUUAAAUUUUAACAAAGCAGACAGGAGAGGUGGCAUCUGUUCUAGUGAGGGACAGGGAGAUAAGAUGAUGUUUAGGGUGAUUUUAAGGAUUCUCAUUUUUUUUAUUAAAAAAAAAAGGACAUGAUGCACUCCCUCCUUUACCCCUUAGCCGACGGCAAUAAUAAUAAUUCGGAUAACAGGGGCGGAUAUCACUUGGAGAUCGAAGGAUAGCUUCGGCUACGACUAGGGUUAAGGCUUUGGCGGCAACGUCAUUGCCACCCACCUACCUUUCUAACAAGUAUUCGUUCGCAGCGUUACAUUUAUUACACGUUAGCAAUAAUUGAACACACUCAUUUGAUUUUUA